AUGGGGAAGCAGUCCCGGGCGAAUGCCCUCAAGGGGAAGCAGUCCUGGAGAAAACCUACCUUUCAGCAGCUGAGAGCCGGUGCGGAGCGGACUGGAAGCUGGGGGCAGAGCAUGAAUAUCAAUGUCAACAAAAAGGUCUUUGUGAGUGUAGAGCCAGAAGUGGAGGAAUUCAACAAUGCAGUUGCAAGGUUCCUGAUAUUUUUGAUUGACAAGUUAAAUUAUUGGGACUACAGGAUGAAACAAGGACACGGUCUUUGGAUGAACUGUAUAGUUCAGAGCACCGGCCAGAUGCAGUGUAAGGUGUACGACUCAUUGUUGGCCCUCUCGCAAGAUCUCCAGGCUUCCAGAGCUCUGACCGUCAUUGCCAUUGUGGUGGGAGUCCUGGGCAUUCUGAUUUCCAUCGUGGGAGGAAAAUGCACCAACUGCAUUGAAAACGAGGUAACAAAGGCCAAAGUCACCAUUGUAUCUGGAAUCGUCUUCAUCCUGGCUGGAGUGCUGACCCUGAUCCCAGUGUCCUGGUCUGCAAACACCAUCAUUAAGGACUUCUACAACCCGCUGGUGACGGACGCCCAGAGGAGGGAGCUUGGAGCUUCCUUGUACAUCGGUUGGGGAACCUCGGGUCUGUUGAUCCUCGGAGGGGCUCUGCUCUGCUGCUCUUGUCCUCCCAAAGACGACAACUCUUACUCGGCAAAGUAUUCUGCGGCUAGAUCUACAGCUCCGAGCAAGAACUACGUGUAGACGGAACGGGUGAAGUCGUCUGGUCAACAUUACUUUGAAAAAAUGACUAUUUUUAGUUUUCAGGCGUGUUUUAUUUGGACUAUGAGUUCUUUCGAGCACGCACUGCUACCUAACUAUCGUGCGGGUUCAACGUACCAUCCAUAAGGAAAGCUAACGAAUUUAAAGUAGUUUGGCGUAGAAGUUAAAGACAUUGAUAUUUAGAUAAUGUCCAAAUUUUUUUUAAACGUGGGGUGGGGGGGGGGGGGGUGUUUGUGGGGCUAGUCUUGCAGUGGAUUCGGUAUUUCGUGUGAGAAGGACGUAAUCUCUUCAGGUAGAAAUGAUGUGAAUGACUUGCGAAUUUAACUCGAGAAUCGGAUAGUAAUAUGCAGCGAUAGAAUUUUGCCGCUAUUUUGUUAACUGAUUUCAUUAAUCUAAAGUUGACUUUUUUAUAUCGCUUCAUUUUUUUUUUGUAAAAGCUCGCAUUAAUGUGAUAUUUGCAUUUCCGCGCUCGAAUGGCUUACAGCACAUUCGAUAUUUAAUACGUUGUUUUUUUUUUUUGAAAUAAAUAAGAUUGUGUAUCUCUUAAA